ACUAGCUCGCGCAUCCACGCGCACAUUGUGGGCUGGGGUAGGUUUCAUUUCCCGCAUGUCGUUAUUGGUUUUGUUUUGUCAAACGUGUCGUUAUAAAGUCUGGUGGUAAACAGUGCAGAAGGCAUACGCGCCAGACGGCUUCACAUGCUAAUAUCUUGUACUAAACUGGUAAGCAGAUUUGUCCAGAAGAUCCGUCCUUUCAAUCGCAGACAGUUUUUCAGCAACAAAAUGCAAGAACAGGCACUGGAGAGAGCUGAAGGCUCGCUGGCCUUCCCCUUUCUGGAUGAAGCGAGCGUCGAGGCUUACAGGGAGUCUCGAACCAUCUUCAUAAUCAGGGGGCUGCCAGGCAGUGGAAAGAGCACCCUAGCCUGUACCAUCGCGGGGAAGUACGAAGCUGUCUGCAAAGUGAUCUCUGCCGAUCAGAAGAUCCGGCCUGAGGUGAGCCCCGCCCUCCCAGAGGAAUACAAAGCGCUGGAUGAGGAGGUGGUGCAUUGCUGCAAGGAGGGCGUCGCCGUGGUCGUGAUUGACGACACCAACCACCAAUGGGAGCGGCUGGAGAAGCUCUUCGACAUCGCCAGCGAAUACCAGUACUUGGUCCACCUUGUUGAGCCCAAGACGCCAUGGAAGAACGACUGCGCCGAGCUGGAGAAGAAGAGCCAGUGGAAGCUGCCCCAAUCGGAGCUGAAUAACUUGAGGGGAAGCUUGGAGGAGGCGGUCUACCCUCUCUUCUACGGCUGGUUCUUGACUCACAAGAGCCAGAGUCACACCAUGGAGAAAGGCAAGAAGUUCCUGAAAACCCUAGGCGAGCUUGAUGAAUUCAAGGAGCAUUGGGAUGAUUUUGGCGAGGCUGCUUCUGAGACUGGAAUAAACUUGGAGGAGUAUUUUGAAAGGAAGGGGAUUCUGCACUGCACCACCAAAUACUCUGACUACGGAAAAGUGAAGGGAGCACAAGAGUACGCGGAACUAGAGGCUGUGAAGAAGUUCUACAGCUCGGCCUUUUGUCUGCAGAUAUCGGGCUUUUUCAUCACGCCCAGAACCGCUGGCGCCCGCGUCCAACUUACUGACAAGCAGCUGGAGUUGUGGCCAGCUGGCUCGGAGAAGGAGGCCAUGCCCUCGGAAGAGCUACCCCACGGCAGCCGGGCACACAUCACCCUGGGCUGUGCGAAGGACGUGGAGCCCAAGCAGACUGGCCUAGACCUGCUGGAGUUCGUCAAGCUGGAAAAGGAAGGCCAGCAGGGCCUGGCCGAGAAGGACAUCGACCAGGGGAAGCUGCGCUACUUCGGCAAAGGCAUGUGGAUGCUGGAGUUGUACGAAAAGGUGACGGUGAAAACCGUAUUCGGUGGGUUCUACCCGAAGCACAAGGAGGGAAAAGAGAAGAGUAAGGAGAAAGAGGAAGCAGUGGAGGAGAACAAGGAGGGAGAAGAGAAAGCAGUGGAGGAGAACAAGGAGGGAGAAGAGAAAAAGGAUUCAAAAACGAGCCAACAGGAGGUGAAACCAACUGAAGGGAAAAAGAAGGGAAAAUGUACCAUUAUAUGAAACCCCUCAGCCUUAGGGGUUUGUAAGAUGCCUUACCACUUUUUUUUUUUUUUUUUUUUUCUUAAUCCAUCUACAGUUAAAUAUGCUUAUAACAGCCACCCAGAGGGUCUUAAUAUACUGUUCAUCUUUUAUAUGCAGUUUAUUUAAAGCGGGGGUGGUAUACUGUGUGCCCUAAAUCAUCUAGGCCUCACUAUUCAAUUACCAUUUAUUCAGUGUACAGACAGUGUACAAAUCACAGAAAAUUCUUGAGUUUCAGCUCAAUUUCAUAUCGGCAUAAACUAAACCUACAGCAAAUUCAGUAUGGAUUACUUUAUUCUUGAUUACGUUUUUAGGUUGCAUUUCUGAAUAUUGGUCAGUGAGAAACAAGUGUGUUUUUUUUUUUCUUAUUAUUAUUUUAGCUCCUGUAGAAAAAGGUUGUAUUUUUGAUUUCUCUCAGCAGUGCUGCUGGAGAAAAUAAAAUGCAGUGGAAUGUGUGUGAACGAGGCUGAAUACAAUCGAAUCCUCUUCCAAAUGCAUUUGCGGUUUUGAUUUUCUUGUGCUAAGAAUACUAAAUAAAGGCAUUUGUCAGCACUUAGUCUAUUACAGCGUACAGUCCCAUAAUUAGAUUACAGCUUUUGUAUUCUGCUUCCUAAGUAUUUUCUCCUUUUGAGACUCGUUAAAUGAUGCUGAUUCUGUGCUUAACAAUGUAUUCGCUGCAUUGCUCCUAACCUAUAUAAUACGAUUCUACUGCUAAUGUGGUUAAUCUGUGUGCCAAAUGUAAGAUGUUUUAUAGGUGGCUUGUUGUAAUAAAACUACAUAUGAAAAUGCUCGUUAACGGUACAGGAUAAAAAAUAAAUAAAAAAUUGCACUCUGCUGUCUGUGGGCACUUAAAAUUAGCUUGCUCUAAGCUGUUUAAGAUUAAAGCACUGUGGCACAAAUGUUUUAGAGAAUAGGCGUUAGCGGAGCCUUUUUAAGGAACGCCACUGAUGGAGAUGUGGGGGCGAGCAGGUGUUUCCUGGUGACUUUUUUUUUUUUCUGCAACAUUGCAUGUGUGUAAAAUGCUGUGUGCUGCAAAACAUCUUUGUAUUAAAUUAAACUUUAAAUAAA